AUGGGUAUUCUGCGAACAUACUAUGCCAUAGAUAAAACUAAGAUUUUGAUACUCUCCUUCCUACCCUUUUAAUUUUUUCUUAUUUUUUGGAGACCCAGUAAGUAGAAGCAGGAAAAGUCUUUGUGCACCAAUGAUUGUGAAAAAUGUAAACCACUAAAUGUAAGCAGUUACUUCCUGUGUGUCAGGGCCUCCUGCCACUACUCACUUCCUUAAUCUGAAAUGCUGUGGUUUUAACUUGUUGCUUUCGGUUAUUCAGCCUGGGGAGGCUAGGUCCCUUCUUCUACAUGCAGAUAACUGCUUUUGCUCUUGAGAAACUUGAUAACAUUUCAUUUACCAAGUACUACGCCAUAGCUGCCAUUUUGUGUGCUGUCACAAUCUACAUGCCUCUAACCCGUCAUCAUUAAAAAGCCUUCCUUUUAUGACGCAGUAGACCCAGUAGAUUUUGAAAGCUUCCUAAUGGCACAGCUGAAUAACUUGGAGUCAGAACUAGCUCAAGAACUUGGUGACUUUCCUGAAGAUGACUUGGACAUUGUCUUUACACCCAAAGAGUGCAGGACUUUGCAACCCUCUAUGCCAGAAGAUGGGGUUGAAUUGGACUUACAUGUCAGAGACUGCGUUCAGACAUAUACCCGGGAGUGGCUGAUUGUGAAUCGAAAGAACCAAGGGAAUUCAGAUACUUGUAGCCUGAAAAACAAGGGAUCCCGGAAAGAUUUGCACAAGACGCUUCAAAAACAAAUGUUUGAAUCGGAAACGUUGGAUUCCAGCGAUGCAAAUCUUCAGGUGGGGUCCCGACAGGCACAGGCGCUCCCUGAGGAGACCUCGAGGACGACCCUCACCACGUCUGACUUCGACCUGCGCAGCCUGCAGCCGGACCCUCGCCUGGAAAACCUGCUGCGGCAUGUCAGUGCUGAGGAGUUCGAGAGGCAGAACGAGGAGGCGCGGCGCACCAACAGGCAUGCCGAGCUCCUCGCCCUCUACCCCGCUGUGGAUGAGGAAGAUGCAGUGGAGAUACGGCCGGUGCCAGAUCGCCCAAAGGAACAUCUGGGCAACAGGAUUUUGGUGAAGCUGCAGACUCUGAAGUUUGAGAUAGAGAUUGAACCUUUAUUUGCAUGCAUGGCUCUCUAUGAUAUAAAAGAAAGAAAAAAGAUCUCAGAAAAUUUUCAUUGUGACCUUAACCCUGAUUCAUUGAGAGGAUUCUUGCGUUCUUAUACACCCUCCAUUGACUUAUCUAGUCAGGCAAGAUCGGCAGUAUUUUCUGUCACUUAUCCCUCAUCGGAUAUAUACCUAGUCAUAAAGAUAGAAAAAGUGCUUCAGCAGGGAGAAAUUGGAGACUGUGCAGAACCCUACGUGGUUCUUAAAGAAAGUGAGGCUGGCAAGACAAAAGAAAAGAUUGAAAAACUGAAAGCCCAAGCUGAAUCCUUUUGUCAGCGGUUGGGGAAAUACAGAAUGCCAUUCGCCUGGAUUCCCAUAAGCCUAACUAAUGUCUUCAACCUUUCAACACUUGAACGAGAAAUACUUGAAACCGAAGGUUUAAAUGGGAAGGGAUCCACUAGUGACAAGAGGGCAGUGCUGCUACAGGGAAGAAGAUUUUCCGAGAGAAGUCUCAGCUUGGAGGACAGCUCUCCAGUUUCAAACUUCAAAACAGUCUCUCUGACCCUCAACACCUUGUAUAAGCAGGAAGGAGACAGGCUCAGUGAUGAAGAUCUGUUAAAAUUUUUAGCUGAUUUCAAAAGAUCAUCUUCCUUGCAGAGAAGAAUAAAGACUUUACCAGGAACACUUAAACUGGAGAUUUCCCCAGCUCCGGAAAACCUUGGUUACUGUCUGACACCAGAAUUACUACCAGUGAAGCCAUUUCUAGAAAACCGUAAUCGUCCUCACAAAGAGAUUUUGGAAUUCCCAAUUAGAGAAGUGUACGUUCCCCAUACCAUUUAUAGAAAUCUCCUGUAUGUUUACCCCCAGAGGUUGAAUUUUGCUAACCGACCGGCUUCUGCAAGAAACCUUACUAUCAAGGUCCAGUUUAUGUGUGGUGAAGACCCGUCCUGUGCAAUGCCGGUAAUUUUUGGGAAAUCUUCAGGUCCAGAAUUUGUGCAAGAAACAUACACGGCUAUCACAUAUCAUAAUAAGUCACCUGACUUCUAUGAAGAAGUGAAAAUUAAGCUGCCAGCAAAACUCACAGAGAAACACCACCUAUUGUUCACGUUCUAUCACAUCAGCUGCCAGCCAAAGCAAGGAGCAUCUGUGGAAACCCUCCUUGGGUAUUCAUGGCUGCCAGUUCUGUUAAAUGAUCGUCUUCAAACUGGACAUUACUGUCUUCCUGUUGCAUUGGAUAAGCUGCCUUUCCACUAUUCGAUCCACUCUCCUGAGAAAGUUCCAUCUCAGACACCACCUAUUAAGUGGGUUGAAGGACACAAGGGUGUUUUCAGUGUUGCAGUGCAAGCUGUUUCAUCUGUUCACGCUCAGGACAAUCACCUGGAGAAGUUCUUCACCCUGUGCCAUUGUUUGGAAAGUCAGGUGUCAUUCCCCAUUCGCCUGAUGGACCAGAAGAUUACAGAGACUACACUGGAACAGGAAUUGAAACUCAGCAUUAUCUGUUUGAAUUCUUCACGCCUUGAACCUCUUGUCUUGUUUUUACAUUUGGUACUAGAUAAACUAUUUCAGCUGGCUGUUCAACCCAUGGUCAUAGCUGGCCAGACAGCCAACUUCUCACAGUUUGCCUUUGAAUCUGUGGUUGCAAUAGUGAACAGUCUCCACAACAGCAAAGACCUGAGCAAAGACCAGCAUGGGAGAAACUGCCUCCUGGCUUCUUACAUCUACUAUGUAUUUCGUCUGCCAGACCCUCAAAAAGAAGUAGUCAAGUCAGGUGCAGGCAGCAGUGGCAUUUUGACAGAGUCUCGUUAUUACACAUUUGGACGCACUUCCGCAAUGUCUGUUGGGAGUAAACUCCUGCAGAGCCGAGUGAUAAGCUGCAGUAAUCCUGACAUUGCUGUCACACAAACUGCUGCUGAUGAGGAAGUCAAAAAUAUCAUGGCAUCCAAGCCUAUGGAUCACAGCUCCAGUCGGAUGUCUUUCUGCGUUGAAGGAACAAAUGACAUGCCAAGCAUUUGUGCAAGCCCAAGACCACCCAAUAAAAAGCAUUUCCAUGAGGAGCUGGCACUGCAGAUGGUGGUCAGCACGGGUAUGGUGAGAGAAUCUGUCUUCAAGUAUGCCUGGUUCUUCUUUGAGCUCCUGAUAAAGAGUAUGGCUCAGUAUGUUCACAGCAUAGAGAAACAAGACAACCCACGAAGAAGCCGGUUCUCCGAUCGCUUCAAAGAUGAUAUUACUACUAUAGUUAGUGUGGUUACUUCAGAGAUUGCUGCACUUUUAGUCAAGCCACAAAAGGAAAGUGAGCAAGCAGAAAAAAUUAAUAUCAGCCUGGCGUUUUUUUUGUAUGAUCUUCUUUCUUUAAUGGACCGAGGAUUUGUGUUUAAUCUCAUCAAACAUUACUGUAAUCAGCUCUCAAACAAGCUGAAUUCACUCUCCACCCUGAUUUCAAUGAGACUGGAGUUCUUGAGAAUUCUCUGCAGCCAUGAGCAUUACCUCAAUCUGAACCUCUUCUUCAUGACUUCUGCAUAUGCUCCAGUAUCCCCCUCUCCCUCGUUAUCUUCCCAGAACUCUAGCUCCUGCUCUAGUUUCCAGGACCAGAAAAUCACUGUGUUUGACCUCUCAGCUGAAUACCGUCAGCAGCACUUUCUAACCGGCUUGCUUUUCACUGAAUUGGCAGCAGCGCUGGAUGCAGACAUUGAGGGGAUUAGCAAGGUGCAAAGAAAAGCUGUCAGUGCUAUCCUUAGCCUGCUGAGUUCCCAUGACCUAGACCCACGUUGCUCCAAAAAAGAGGUGAAGAUUAAAAUUGCAGCUCUCUACCUCCCUUUGGUUGGUAUAAUUUUGGAUUCUCUGCCACAACUCUAUGAUUUCACAAUUUCAGAUCCUCGCAGCGGAAAAGGACGCACAGGAAACACAGAAGAAGAGCAAGAGUCUGCAGGUGCAAUCAAUCAGAACGUGGCCCUUGCCAUUGCAGGGAAUCAACUCAACCUCAGGAGCUUUGGAAUACCUCUAGUGUCCUUGCCCUACAGACAGAGUGCCACAUUAAGUCCUGAUACUACUCGCAACCUUUUGAUAUGUUUCCUCUGGAUCAUGAAAAAUGCUGAUCAGAAUCUAAUACAGAAAUGGAUUGCAGAUCUUCCGUCCAUGCAGUUGAACAGGAUUUUAGAUUUGCUUUUCAUUUGUGUGUCAUGCUUUGAGUACAAGGGCAAACAAAGCUCAGAUAAAGUUAGCACCCAAGCACUCCAGAAGUCACAAGAUGUUAAGGCCCGAUUAGAAGAGGCUUUACUGAGAGGUGAAGGAGCCAGAGGAGAAAUGAUGAAGCGCUGCAGAAUACCAGCUGGUACUUCACACCCAUGUCCCUCCUUGUCUUUUGAGAGGAUCUCAAGAGGGAAUGACAGAUCAGUGGGGCUAAGUGAAAACCUGCGCUGGAGAAAGGAGCAGACUCACUGGCGGCAGGCAAAUGAGAGACAAGAUAAGACAAAAGCUGAGCUAGAUCAAGAAGCUCUGAUCAGUGGAAACCUGGCAACUGAAGCUAACCUGAUCAUUCUCGAUAUGCAAGAGAACAUCAUCCAGGCAAGCUUUGCAGCAGAAUGCAGAGACAAUCUUUUAGGAGGAGUUUUGAAGGUCCUGGUAAAUUCUCUUGGCUGUGAUCAGAGCACCACUUACCUGACUCAUUGCUUUGCUACACUCAGAGCACUCAUUGCUAAGUUCGGAGAUUUCCUAUUUGAAGAGGAGGUUGAACAGUGUGCUGACCUGUGUCAAAGAGUUCUCCAUCACUGCAGUAGCAGCAUAGAUAUCACACGGACUCAAGCCUGUGCCACUCUUUAUCUCCUCAUGAGAUACAGCUUUAGCUCUACCAGUAAUUUUGCAAGAGUGAAGAUGCAGAUGACCAUGUCACUAGCCUCUCUGGUUGGAAAAUCACCAGAGUUUAAUGAGGAAUUCCUUCGACGGUCCUUACGAACCAUCCUAGCCUAUGCAGAGGAAGAUGCAGAUAUGCAGGCAACUCCAUUUCCCAUUCAGGUAGAGGAGCUGCUGUGUAAUUUGAACAGCAUCCUGUCAGAUACAGUGAAAAUGAGGGAAUUUCAGGAAGAUCCGGAGAUGCUCAUGGAUCUCAUGUACAGGAUUGCCAAAGGAUACCAGACAUCACCUGACUUGAGGCUGACUUGGCUGCAGAACAUGGCAGAGAAGCACACCAAGAGGAAGUGCUACACAGAAGCAGCCAUGUGUCUGGUCCAUGCUGCAGCCCUGGUAGCAGAGUACCUCAGCAUGCUUGAAGAUAGAAGCUAUCUCCCAGUGGGCAGUGUCAACUUUCAAAACAUUUCAUCCAAUGUGCUGGAGGAAUCUGCUGUUUCAGAUGAUGUUUUGUCUCCAGAUGAAGAUGGUAUAUGUUCUGGGAGGUAUUUCUCAGAAAGUGGCCUGGUAGGGCUGCUGGAACAAGCAGCAGAGCUCUUCAGCACGGGUGGAUUGUAUGAAACUGUGAAUGAGGUGUACAAAAUUGUCAUCCCCAUACUGGAAGCACAUCGAGACUUCAGGAAGCUUACUUUGACACACAGCAAGCUACAGAAGGCCUUUGACAGCAUUAUUAAUAAGGGUCAAAAGCGAAUGUUUGGAACUUACUUUCGUGUUGGUUUCUACGGAUCCAAAUUCGGAGACUUGGAUGAACAGGAAUUUGUUUACAAGGAGCCUGCAAUCACCAAGCUUCCUGAGAUUUCUCACAGAUUAGAGGGAUUUUAUGGCCAGUGUUUUGGGGAGGGUGCUGUGGAAGUGAUUAAGGACUCUGCUCCUGUAGACAAAAGAAAGCUGGAUCCCAAUAAGGCAUAUAUACAAAUUACUUUUGUGGAGCCAUAUUUUGAUGAGUACGAGAUGAAAGACAGGGUAACCUAUUUUGAGAAGAAUUUCAACCUCUGUCGGUUCAUGUACACUACGCCUUUCACCAUGGAUGGGCGCCCCAGAGGAGAGCUUAGUGAGCAGUACAAGAGGAACACCAUCCUAACCACAAUGCAUGCUUUCCCCUACAUCAAAACUAGAAUCAAUGUCAUCCAAAAAGAAGAGUUUAUUUUAACCCCCAUUGAAGUUGCUAUUGAAGAUAUGCGGAAAAAAACACAGGAACUAACUGCAGCCACCAACCAAGAGCCACCAGAUGCCAAAAUGCUCCAGAUGGUUUUACAGGGCUCAGUUGGAGCCACUGUAAAUCAGGGACCACUAGAGGUAGCACAAGUGUUCCUGGCUGAAAUUCCAGCAGACCCCAAACUUUAUCGACAUCACAACAAGCUGAGGUUGUGCUUCAAAGAGUUUAUAAUGAGGUGUGGUGAAGCAGUGGAGAAAAACAAGCGCCUUAUUACUCCUGACCAGCGGGAAUAUCAGCUAGAGCUCAGAAAGAACUACGGGAAGCUGAAGGAGAACCUUAGGCCCAUGAUUGAGAGGAAGAUCCCACAGCUGUACAAACCUGUAAUCAAAGUCCACAGCACAAGGGAAUCUUUUCGAAGCCACAGUUUUAGGAAAUAUGAUGCCCAGACUUCUUCACAAAGCACCUAAGGAGUAGCUGCUUUGGCUGAGGAAGAGCUUCAUGUUGCAAGCCAGAAGCGAUGGGAUAUUUAACAUUACGAAAUUGGAAAUGUCUCACAAGAGAGCAUGUGUGCUUUGUGGACAGCAUGCAGAAAAGCAUUUACACAAGAUCACUGAAUGAAAACUGGGGGGGUGAUGCCUAAUCAACCACAUCUCAUGAGGGCUUGAGAAGGAAGAGUGUGCUUUUUAGAUACUUCUGCAUAUACUGUAAAAUAAUCACAUAAUGCAAAGGAGUGGACCACUAGAGCAGUCAGUGCCAUUAGGUCAGUCAUUGCUACCUAACAGACACAGAACUCUGUGUAGUUUGGUUGAGGUGUUACAUGAAUCUAAACAUACGUGUCUAACAGACACUGACAAAUUAGGCCUAUUUAUGGUCCUUUUCCAAGACAGCAUUUAUCCAUGGGCUUAUGGCAACAAUUCUGCAAGUUAAUCACAUGCUUAAAUGCUGUCUUAAUGAGGAGGGACAUGGUCCCCUGCUCAAUAUUUGCUGAGCUGGAGCUGUAGGAAAGAAUAAUUUCCUCAAUCAGUUUCUGCCACCAGUUUCUAUCAUGGUCCUUAACUGCAGGGAAUGUUCUGCACGAGUUUUCUCAACCAAAGCUUGGAAAGCAAGAAGUAGCAAUAAAUAAUUUUUAUAGAUCUUCUAAUUUUUUUUCUAACUAUAGAGACUACUACUUGACAUGCAGUUUGAUUUCUUUAUAAUCAGUGUCAUGUUUAGCACAGCUAAUAAAUGAUAGUUUAAAAAGCAAAUGCUAAGCUAUGAGUGAUUCUUUUACUAUACAAUGCUCUAUGAAGAUAACCUUAUUCAAAAUUAAUUACAGAAGUGCACAAUGAGGAUUUCCUACAAAGCACUUCACUCAGGUGUUACUGCAGCUUAAGGGAAGUUAGCACAUAAUUUAUAAUACCUAAUGCUUAGUAUUUUCUGAACCUUGAGCAAAUGUUUUACUAAGUAAUCUUUACAGCACUGCUCUGAAGUAAGGAAACAUUAUUACAAUUUUGCAGAUGAGGGUGUUGAGAGAGAGAGAGAGAUUGCCUCAUUUAGUGAGGCAAUGGCAGAGAUGCAGUUUGUACUGUGACCAUGCUUAGUAUGUAAUAUUUGUAUUUUGGAACAAAGAUCCAUGAAAACAUCCCUCAAUAUUACUUCCUUCCUUCCACCUUCUCAGGGUUUUGGAAAUCAUAGUUUAAUGCUGAUUAAAGUAAUUAGUCCCAUUUGCUGAAACACAGAAAUUAAUGUUAAAAUUAAAUGAAACAAUGGAAUUAAGUUUUUCUUUUAUACUUCAUUUUAGCAAAUUACAGUGAACUUUCUCAGAGCUGAUGUUACGUGUUUCUAAAUGCAAAGCUUCUUUGCCCCAAAAGUUAACACCCAAAAGUAUAAGGAAGAUUGAUGCUGCUGCUUUUAGUGGAAAGAUUCUGACUUUUUAUGGUCAUCUGCAGCCUUGCCAUUUGAUAACAGGAAUUUUCCCAGCCCUUUGUUGACACCUGAGUGAGUUACCUUUUAAAUGUGCUAUGUAGAAGAUUCACAGGGAUGAUCAGACAAGACGACAUGUGGAAAUAGGUGAAAUAAACCCUGCACUUACACAGCACUUGGAGCAUAAGAAAAGAUUUUUGCCCAUCAUAUGUUAAAUGCAAUAACUGGGAGUAAGUACUCUGUGAUUUUGAAGUGAACACAUCCAAAGUACAUAAGCAAAUGGUAUAAAAAGCUCAAAGCAAAAGAUGCCUCCAUGGAGUUUCCUCUCUGUAUUCCAGUUGCUUUGAAACAAUUCUAAGUUGAAAAGAUUAUUAAUUUCCCAAAACUUUGAAGCUAUGAGAUCUCUGCCUAUCAGAACCUAGCCCCCUUAUAUAUAGAUUUUAACAGCCUGUUUGGGAGGAAGGUCAGACUACUGUCAUCUAUCAAUCCCAUAAUCCAACCUUGUUGUUUACAAGAUGCUGAUCCUUUUACAACCUAAAUAACAGAAACCUCAGGUAAACAAAAAACCCCUACAGGUGUACAAUACACUAGAUAAAAGUAAUGAAGUGUUUUAUGUGUUGUGGUUCUUGAACUGAAACAGUACUCAGGAUAACAUGAAUACUGAAAGACUCUUCACUCACAUUUUACAAGCUGAGCACCCCUCAACCAGUUGGCCAGUCUUGCCCUCAGUUUGUAGCUCAUGUGGUCCCUUAUACUAAUGAAACAUGGUUUGUACAUUUCUUUCAAGAGCUGAACUAUGUGAAAUGUAAAUUACCUUAUGAUAUUAAUUUCACAAUAAAGUGACUCUCAUGGGAUGUUCA